UCCAUCUCAGACGCUCCUCCCUCGCUCGAUGUUUUCUGAAUCGUAAUUUGAUUAAUUUGGUCUGGCUCGAUGGUGCAAACGGGAAGCAAUUUGUUGUUAAACUCAACAAGCAGACAAGGGACUGUUACCGCCAGCAAAAGGAGCAAUAUUUCCAACAAUGUCACGGUUGUUUAUGCCAAAUCGUUUCUGUGCCAAAUGUACCCUGCUGCCAACGCGCGAGCCGGCUUUGUUGACACUGCGAGCCGGAGCGCGAGUCAAACAGCAGCAGGCAGAUAAACGGGGUGUUUUUAUCCAACAACAAAGACAUUAUGUCGGAGGGUCAAACACAGCCUUUUCUAAAUACAGAUCAAAGUCCAGGAUAUGGCUGUGUGGGGUCGGUGUGGGGAUUGCUUUGGCUGUCGGACUGAAAUACCGCGCAGACACAGCGAGUAGUUCCUGUGAUGAUAAAGUGACAGUUUCACAGAGGACUGAUCGGUACAGCGCUGCCAUUAAAGUGAGCAGAGACCUUGUGGAGCGGAUACAGGUAGGCAUAGAGGCUGAGGUCGGGGCUCCAGGGCUGGUGGUUGGGGUCUCUGUGGAUGGUGCUCAGAUCUGGAGUGAAGGGUUCGGUUAUGCUGAUUUGGAGAAUCGUGUGCCAUGCAGACCAGAAACCGUGAUGCGAAUCGCCAGCAUCAGUAAGCCCCUCACAUCUGCAGCUGCUGCACGACUGUGUGAGGAGGGAAAACUAGAUCUUGACGUCCCAGUCCAGAAAUAUGUCCCUGAGUUUCCCCAAAAACAGUUUGAUGGACAGCAUGUCACAAUAACCCCUCGUAUGAUUCUGUCCCACCUAAGCGGUAUACGGCAUUACGAGAAGGAUGCAAAGAAAGUGAGGGAGGACAAGGAGAAAGCCAAGCGACUUUUGAAGCCACCUGUGAAAGAGAAAGAUGAUGAAAAGAACUCGUCUGAAAACAAAGAGAAACCCACAAAAGAACAGAACACAAAAGGCAAAGAAGCCACCCAGGCUCAGAAGAAAAAAGAGUUUGAGCACGAAGAGUACUACUUAAAGGACAACUUUGAAAGUGUCACUCAGGCCUUGGACCUCUUCAAGGAUGACCCACUCAUUUUCAAACCUGGCACUACUUUUCUCUACUCCACCCAUGCCUUCACCCUACUUAGUGCUGUUAUGGAGCAGGCUGCCGGCCAGCGCUUCCUGGAUCUUAUGAUGAACAUGUUCCGUGAAGUGGGAAUGCUCAAUACUGUGCCUGAUGAGAAUGAACCUAUUAUUUACCACCGUUCCAGAUUUUAUCAUCUCAACAAGAGAGGACGUGUUGUGAACUGCCCAUACGUAGACAACUCUUACAAGUGGGCGGGAGGCGGCUUCCUUUCCACUGUGGGAGACCUGCUGCUGUUUGGUAACGCUCUACUCUACAGCUACCAGGUGGCCCACCUGAAGGACACUGAAGGUUUGCUGCCAGGCUUCCUCAAACCCAAAACCGCCCUGGAUCUCUGGGCAGCAGUUGACAGGACAGAGGCCAGCUGGGAUAAGGAUGGACGGUAUGCCCAAGGCUGGCUGGUAGUGGAGGAACUGCAGAAAUACGGCCAGUGCAGGAAGCGCAGGCACUAUGUGUCGCACACAGGAGGCGCUGUGGGGGCUAGCAGUGUCCUCCUGGUGUUACCCAGUGAAGAGACAGCCCAGUGCCAUGGACAGACCCCCCUCCUCCCACAAGGGGUAGUGGUCACCAUCAUCACUAACAUGCAGUCUGUGGGACUCAACAGCACAGCGCUGAAAAUUGCACAUGAGUUUGACAAAGCCAGAAGCCUGUAAGAGUAAGUUGUUUACAGAAAUGUGUGAGUCACACAGAAAACUUUUAGAUAAAACUUGUGAUGUUUGAUACAGUUUUAAAUAUGUCUGCAGGAUGUUUUAGAAAAUCAAAUAAAUCUUUUAACAUGUA